AUGCUUCCACCGAGACUCCGCGCAGGUCCCUUCCGGCGCAUACAAGGCUUCUUAGGGCCCAAGCGCAGGUUUCUCUAUGCUUCUUCUCGUCUCAAUAGUACAGCGAAACUUUCAGAAGAUGAAGUUGCAAGGGCCCGCGCAUACUGCGCAAAUUUAGUCAGAACAUAUGACACACCCUCACAUAUCCUGCAAACUUUCAUACCGCAAUCUUCGCGCGAUGCUUACCUUGCCAUCCGCGCCUUCAAUGUCGACGUUGCCCGUGUCGCCGAUACGACCAGUACCCCCACUAUUGGCAUGAUGCGCAUGCAAUUUUGGCGGGAUACUAUAACCAAAGCACUAGCAGGAACUCCACCGAAAGAGCCAGUAGCCAUUCUUUUGGCACAAGCAGCGGAAGAUUUGCAUGAGAGGUCUGAUGGAAAAGCAAGGUUAAGCAAGAAUUGGUUUCAUCGCAUCAUCAACACGCGAGAACAGUAUCUAGGGAAUCCUCCAUAUCCAACCCUGAGUGCACUGGAGAGCUAUGCUGAGAAUACGUACUCGACCAUGUUGUACCUUACCCUUUCUGCGCUGCCGCAAGCAUCUCUUACAACCGAUCAUAUUGCAUCACACAUUGGAAAGGCAAUGGGCAUAGCGGCAGUGCUACGAGGCAUCCCUUUUAUCGCAUUCCCACAACAACAGGCACUCGGUACUAGCAACUCCAUUACAGGCCAAUCAGGACCAACUCAAGGAGCUGUUCUUCUCCCGCUUGAUGUCAUGGCCGAAGCCUCCGUCCGGGAAGAGGAUGUGUUCCGACAGGGCGGUGCCGCUCCUGGUCUCCGCGACGCCGUCUUCACGGUAGCCACACGUGCAAAUGACCAUCUCAUCACAGCUCGGGAAAUGCUUAAUAAGUUGCGAUCUGAAGGGACGCUCGGUCAUGACUUUGAGCACCAGCACGAGGAGGACCAUGAAUAUAGUGUGCAGCAGAUGAACACUGGACAGGAGGCGCAGCUGGCAGAAGUAGAAAAAGCAUUUGGCGUUUUCAUGCCCAGCGUUGCGACGCAGGCAUGGCUGGAUAAGUUGCAAGGAGUUGAUUUUGACAUCUUUGACCCAACAAUGAGGAAUGUGGACUGGAAAUUGCCGAUGAAGGCUUACUGGGCGUACAAUCGACGGAAGUUAUGA